CUUGUCCAUCACCUAUCCAUCCUUUGAUCGCCAGCCAUGACAUCCAGAAUGGAAGCUGAAGCGGAUGCGCACCGCGAGCUGCUCCAAUCCAUCCAGGCGGUGGAUUAUGCGCCCCCAACACUGAAGCAAGUAUCGCGGCAACUCGCCACCACCAAGAAAGAGCUGGAGUCCGAGCAGGCAAGACUGGGCGAUCUGGUCUGGAGGACGUACGUGUCUGCAUUUGCAACGCUGACAAUCAGCAAGAAGGAGUUCAAGGAAUGGCGUGACAUUGAAGAGCGCGCACACAAGCGUCUCUGGGUCAAGAUCAAGCACCCCAAUACGCACAAGGAAAAGCUAGCUGGCAUGGAGGACAAGGAGGAGCGCGAGUACAUUGAGGCGCUGGGCAAGGAGCAGGCGUGCAAGUCGCGCAUUGAGACCCUCACCUCGCAGCUCAAUGAGCUCGAGAUCCAGGUCAAGGACCUGGAGCCGUACGCUGCGGAACAUGCCCACCUGCGUAAGCAGCUCGAGGACCUGUAUGCGCGGGUGUUUGACGGCCCGACGCCCGCGUUCCCCGAAGAGGACGACGCCGAGGACGCGUACAAGGCUGCUUUGACAGACUACAACGAGUUGCAAGGGGCGAUUGCGAAUGAGGGGCGUGCGCUCCAGCUGCUCCUGGCUGCCCAGAAGGCAAUGAACACUGCCAUUGCCCACGCAAACACGGCCGAGAACUACUCGACAUACGAUAUGAUGGGUGGCGGCACCUGGACCGACAUGAUGGAGCGAUCCGAGCUCGCCAACGCGCAACGCGCAGUUGACCAGGCCAAGCUCCUAGUGGCACAAGCGCGCACACUGCAGCCGUCUCUGCAAAACCUUCCACAGCUGAACAUGCCCCAGGGCUCGAUAUGGUCCGAUGUCGUCUUCGACAACUUCUUCUCCGACUAUGCGUUCCACCAGAAGAUCCAGGCCGCGGGCCGUCAGUUGCGAAUGGUGCUCCAGGGACUGCAGGGCAUGGUCGAGCAGUCCAAGCGGCAUCUGGGAGGCCUGCAGAGUCUCGUGCCAACCAGCGCUGGCCGGCUCGAGGGGGCACGCGAGAGGCUCGAAGGCGUCAGGCGGAGCAUCAUGGAGCGCGCGGCGAGGGGCGAGCUCGGCUCUUACACCCGUCCUCCUGGGCCUCCGCCUGGCGGUGCCCCGCCGCCUGCCGGGGAGGAGCAGCUGCCGGCAUACACGAGGUGA